UGUUAGCAAAAUGGAUUGUUAGUUGAUGAGUGGAAAAGCAACUUCUGGUUCUGGAAAUGAUGGAGCUUCACAAAGUGCUGAAAGUGGCAGCGAGGGUUCAUCAGAUGGAAGCGAGGAGAAUGGUAACCACCAGGAGUAUGGUGCAAACAAGAAGGGAAGCUUUGACAAGAUGCUUGCAGAUGGAGCAAAUGCACAAAAUAACACAGCUUUAGUGCCUGGGAAGCCUGUAGUUUCUGUGCCUGCAACUAGUCUGAAUAUGGGAAUGGACUUGUGGAAUGCAUCCCCCGCUGGUGCUGGAACUGCAAAAAUGAGAGGAAAUCAAUUUGGAGCCCCAUCAGCUGUCGGUGGUGACCAUUGGAUUCAGGGAGCUUUGGACGGUGGUUUGGAUAUUCCACACAGUAAUAAGAGGUUUGCUGGUUUCUCCAAGGACAACAAGCAACUUGAUGCUGAGGUACAUCGCAAGUAUAUCUAUGGUGGCCAUGUUGCUGCAUACAUGAGGAUAUCUCUCAAUGCAGUUACAUCUAUAACUGAUGGCUUGAAGAAAUUGUACAUUGAAAAACUAAAACCAUUGGAAGCUGCAUACCGUUUCAAUGAUUUUGGUAAUCCAUUACUGACUAACAUUGAUUCAAAGGCUCCUCUGUUACGACCCCAAGAACUUAGUUUUUUUGUGACAUAUAACAAUGGAAGUGAGGUGAUGAUAAUCUCUGAUCAUUGUCAAUGAUAGGGUUUAUGGUUC